AACACGUUUGGCACAACUCUCAAAAUGGAUGCUCCCAUAAUAUUUUAACACAUUGUUACGUUUGCAUUGUUAAAAGUCUUUAACGUUUGAGGUUUAAUUUGCUUUUGACAUUGGCUUUUUUGGUUUGUGAAAGAAAAUGGAUGCGGAUUUCUUUAGAAAGUUACCAAAAGUGGAGCUUCAUGCCCAUAUAAAUGGUUCAAUUAGUGUAUCAACAAUGAGUCAGCUUGUGGCAGGCAUGUCUACAUCAUAUAAUCCAGACUCCCUCAAGUUCAAAAAGGGUGAAACUGGAACAUUGAAAGAAGUGUUCAAGUUAUUCAGACAGAUUCAUGAUGUUAUAAAUAACGAGAAAGCUGUUUAUAAGGUAACAUAUGAUGUGAUACAUGAGUUUGCAGAGGAGAAUGUGAAAUAUAUAGAGUUACGAACAACACCUAGAGAAGAACCGUCAACAGGAAUGACAACAAUUUCAUAUGUUGAGACUGUUUUACGUGCAAUAGAUGACUGUGCAAAGGAAAAUUUAGACAUUAUUGUAAAAUUACUACUGGCUGUUGACAGAAGACAGAGUCUACAGGUUGCCAUGGAUACUGUACAACUUGCAGUGAAAUAUAGGGAAAAGAGCAAUGGUGUUAUAGUUGGUAUUGAUCUAAGUGGAGAUCCAAAGGUUGGUAAUGCAGAUAUUUUCAUUCCAGCGUUUAAAGAGGCCCAGAAACAUGGGUUAAAGUUAGCACUUCAUCUGGCUGAGGUUCCAGCACCAGAAGAAACUAUAACCUUGUUAAGAGAAAUUAUACCAGAUAGAAUAGGACAUGGAACAUGUUUACAGCCUGAUGCUGGUGGGACCAAAGAUAUUGUAGAGUUUGUUGAAAGUCAUAGAAUUCCAUUAGAGUUGUGUUUAUCGUCAAACAUUAUCAAUAUGACAGUACCAGGGUAUGAUAACCACCACUUUAAAUUCUGGUAUGAUUUGGAACAUCCAUGUAUUAUAUGUACGGAUGAUAAAGGUGUGUUUUCUACCUCCAUCACUGAAGAGUACAGCAUAGCAGCAGAUACCUUCCAGUUAUCAUCUGACCAAGUUUGGCAGCUAUCUUACAAUAGUAUUGACAGUAUAUUCUCUGACGAGACAACUAAACAAUUACUUAGAGAAAAAUGGAAGACUUUAAAAGAGAAUUUGUUAUUGAAAAGUUAAUAUUAUUUUCAUUGUUUUGUUGCUUGCAGCGUAAAUAAAUUUUAUUUUUUCAA